GCUGUGCGGAGAUCCGGAUCGGGGGCUGCUGCUGGUGCUGCGCGGGAUACAAGGCGCUCAGGUGGGACCGGGACCGGGACUGGGAUCUGGGCCCGGGAAUCCGGGUCCUGGUCCUGCCGGUAUUUCCAAUAGGAGCCGGGCCGAGCCGAUUCUUUCUCGGAAGGUACGGUAGGGGUGCUGGGGCCGGAGGAUCGAUGGGGGACUGGGGCUGGGAUCGGAACCGGCAUCAUCGCGGGCGGAAAGAGCCGCUCCGGCUGCGGGCCGGUGCAGGGCUGGGUCCCGCCGGGACUCCAGGCACGCUCCGGCUGCGGCGGCAGGGAACCGGUGCUGUGCCAGUGCCAUUCCCGCCAGGAGGACCACGCUUCCCGGGAGCAGCCGCUGGAUCGUGGCUGAAAGCGGGAAGGACACGGAGACCGCCCGUACCGGCCCCGGAACCCCAUCGGCAUCGCCGCUCGCUCAGCGCCGCCUCCCGCCCCGCGGGGCGCCCCCUGGCGGACACGGCGCCGCCCCGCAGCUCCCCCGGCCCGAACCGCAAGAAUUAUCAAGCCAAAUGCUAAGAAAUGACUGCUCCAGCUGCA